UUUCAUGGCAUACGCCAUUUGCACGCAUCAUCAUCCUCCAGCGACCAACCUGCUUUGGCGCCACACAAAACAUACGCCGAUAGCCUGGUCCUGACACGCGCGACGCCGCCACCGCCGCCGCAUCCUCCCAGGCUCAUGGCGACGGUCCACGCGCGCUUGGGCUGCCUUCCGCCACCGCCUCCUCCUCGACUCCCCCGCCGCCGCGCCACCUUCUCCGCCGGUCCCCGCCGGUCCGCCGCGGCUCGCAGUCGCGUUACGAGUUUGCGCAGGGCGUCCCGUUUGGGUCCAUGGACUGCGCAGGCGCUGUCUGGGGCAGAACCUUCUGCUGGUGUCGACGAUGCAAGUGAGAUCAUCGAUGCGGUGGAAGUCGAACCUAGCAGCAAUGCUGGCGCUUCCUUGCUUGCAAAAGUGGCAGUUGCACUGGGUGUUGCGGCUACGGUCACCGCGAUAUCCAUCUUCAUGAAGCAACCUUCAUCUGGUCCUUCUUUCAGCCUGCCACAGAUUAUUGAUGCUUCUGCGCAGUCAGAUACUGUCGGAUAUACAUUUUCUCAGUUCGGGAAGAAGGUCAUCAUUCCGGAAUAUACACCAGGGUGGGUCUACUUCUGGUUGCUCAUGGCUGCUGGAUUUGGACUGUUUGUUAGUGAAGAAGCUUUAAACGUUUGGGUCGGGAUCUCGUUAGCACGCACCCUUUGUUUGGAUGGAACUUGGCAAUCUCUUGUUAACUCGUUCUCGACGAAUGCAUCUUAUAUAAUUUCUACGGUGUUGUGGGUUUACUGGGGUGUUUGUAUCAGCGAUAUGGUACCAUUCUAUCUUGGUAAGCUUUUUAGACAAACAAGAGCAUCUGAAGACAUAUACAGCAAGCUUGGAAUUAGCAAGGAUAAAGCCCUGACUGUAUCUCGUGCUAUACAAAAGUACGGGAACCUGAUUGGCUUUGUUGAACGGUUUUCAAUCGGCGUAAGGAAUCCGACAGGAUUUCUGGCAGGCGCAGUAGGCGUAUCAGCAGACUGUUAUUUCGCUGGAGUUUGUUGCGGCUGUCUGUUUACUCUUCCUAUCCAGUUAGCGAUUGGAUUUCUUCUCAGAGAACACCCCGUCGUGGCGCUCGCGAGCGUUGCAGCUGCCGUGGGCAUCUGGACUGUGUUCCCUUACGCGGCAGCGGCGUGCACGGCUUUGUUCCUCUACCUCCGGCGACGCAGGCCCAGCAGCUGACUGCGGUGAUCCCUUCUGCAAAAGUUCAUGGUGCAUGCCACCCUCAGUCCAGGAGUAUUCCCCAGUGGGACUCCAAAAUACAUGCUUGUAAAUUUUUGGAAGCUUUCAAAUCGAUUAUGUUGAUGGAUUCUAAUAUUAUUCCACAGCGUAGGAAUUACUGUAAACAGAAUCUAAAAAUAUAGUAAUGUAGAUGCCUGUCAUUCUUGUGUUUUUAACAGGAUAAAAGUGCCAAAGUGGUUGGAACUA